AUGGCGUCACCGAACGGGUAUAACGGCCACGACGAGGACGAGACGAUCCACGGGCUUCCCCAGCAGAUGCAGAAUGGACUCUUGCUCGGUGACGGCGGGGAUGCAGGGUACUACGACGAAGACCAACCGCAACAACACCUCCAAACGCCGUCCCAACCACAUUCCGCCUAUUCGUCGCCUGCGAGAAACGUCCCUAUCACCCGGACUGUUGCUAUCAUCAAGAACCAUGCGCUCCAACACCGGUUCGAGAUUGAGAGGAGGAUCCAGGAGGCUAGUUUUGAGAUUGUCAAAGAACGUCAGAUGGAAUUCGACACGGAGACUGAUCCAGAAACGUUGGAGGAGAUCUUUGGCGAGGAUGCACUAGUGUCGCUGUCAGAAGGCCCCGUGUGGGUAUACGUCCUCGAACGCCGGCGCGCAGUCGAAGUCUGGCAGACGCUUAUGGGCCCCCGCGACCCCGCCAUAGCCCAACACGAAGCCCCCAACUCCCUCCGCGCCCUCUACGGCCUCUCCGACACCCAAAACGCACUCAUGGGCUCGCCUGAUAGUCAAACUGCAGAAAUUCAAAUACAAGCUUUGUUCGCUUCUUCCCCGCCGUUCCCCGCUUCUGACCUCCCACCUGAGGAUGAGGAAUACCAGGGCGUCACUGCUGCAGGCCUCGAAGCGCUCAACGCACACACCGACGAAGGAUACGCUGGUGGAUACGGCCCGUCGAGUGUUACCAACCCCUCCGCUGCGGGGUCGCAGAGUACGAAGCUCACAGCCAACGGUACCCCUGCCUUCCGUGCCCGCCCUGUACCAGUUACCACCCACAAACCCGAUAUCGUGCCGAGGAUGACGAAGGCUGCGGCCCUGCGCGCAGGAAUCCCGGUCGAGCAGCUCGGUCCGUCUACCAGUGCACCGCGAAAACCGAUCCCGAAGGAGAGGCAGGCUGAGACGUUCAAGAACGUACCCGGGCAUAAGAGGUCGGAGACGAUUAGCGUUGCGAGUACUGCCGCGCCGGCCAUUGCGCCGCGGAUGACGAGGGCUGUGAGUUUGCGGUUGGGGAAGGCUGCUGGGGGGGCGGGGCCGGUUGUGGCUCCACCUGUGAGGAGGGCUGCGACGACGGAUGAUGCGGAGAGGAAGAAGGUGUCGGCGAAUACGUUUGAGGGUGUGCCUGGGCAUAAGAGGCGGGAGACGAUUUCGGUUGCGAGUGUGCGGCCUCCGACUGUGGCCCCGAGGUUGAACAAGAGUGCGGCGUUGAGAGCGCAGAAGGAUAGUGUUGCGCCUCCUACUGCAUUCAAAGGCCCUUCAAGACCGUCUACGAUCUCGAGAUCGAACUCGGUAGGCACAGUGAGCCCGCCCACCGCCGCUCCUCCACUCCGCUCCCGACCGUCUUCGCAAGCGUCAGGCGCCAUCUCUCGCCCUCCUCCCUCCUCCUUCUCUUCCACACGCGCAGCUGGACCCCGUGCGUCCUCCGCCAUAGGCAUGCGAAGCCGUCCCAGCUCAGUACUGGGCACUUCCAAGGCCAACGGGGUCAACGGUACUUCCAACACCACUACCAACACCACCUCAUCUGCAGGAGGAAGCGAUGGUUCGGAUAAACCAGCUCCAGCAGCCAAACCGCGACCCCGUCCGAGCAGUAUUGGAGCCCCGACGAUUGCGCCGAGGACGAACAAGAGUGCGGCGUUGAGGGCUGCGAAGAAGGAAGCUGAGGCGCAGGCUGCUGCUGCUCUUGCUGCUAAGAAUGCGAAGCGGGGUGUGAGGCCGCCGCCGAGUAGUUUUAAGGCUGUUAGUGCUACUUAA